AUCAGUGGCAAGUCUGUGGAAAGUAGUAAGGCAAGUCUCUCUUCUCAUCGAGGUUCAUGCUUCAUCGAAACUGCAGAGCAAGCUGGCUCCAGCAGCGUUGCUUGUCACCUCCUCUUUGAAAGACUCCUUCGCACGUUCGCUUCAGACCUCGGCAAAACCUUACUCGACAUCAUACUUGAAGCACGAGGCCCUUAUCUAAUUCCAUCAUGUUUCCAACAAUCAAUCGAAGACCAGUGCCAUGACCAGCGCCUCGGAGCUUCGUUUCAGCAGGAUCCCAUGGGCGGCAGACCUCAUACGGGAUCCCGACUGGGUCGUCUGCGCGACGUCGUCACGGACUCCAAAGACCAGCACCGAGGACUCCUUCUUCGCCGUGACCCUCAACACGGACCGAACCAUUACGAACCUUCUCUCCUUGCAUCUGAAGCCGGACGAAAAUGCAGAUCCGCCCAUUCAGGCGGUCCGCACUAUUAUGGACCUGGGAACUGGUGUGAAUGGGCACCCGGAUGUGUGCCACGGCGGAUUCGUGGCGACUAUGAUGGAUGAAGUCAUGGGGGUAUUGUUGACGAUCAACCUGGAGAGAGCGUCGAUUUGGAAGAGAGGAGAGCCAACUAUAGGCUUGUUCACGGCUUAUAUCAAAGUCAACUAUAAAAGGCCAGUGCCAACGCCGAGCGUUGUUUUGGCCACCGCAAGGUUUGAGAAGAAAGAGGGAAAGAAAGCAUGGGUUGUUGGGACUAUAGAAGAUGGUAUGGGUGUUGUAUACGCGACUGGGGAGGCUCUGUUCGUUCAGCCAAAGGGCAAGUUAUAAGCGAUAGUAAGUUUAGGCUAGGGGACGGGAACGGGCUAUCCUCUGACCUUUGACUAGCGGCUUCGUCGAACUGCCUCGCCUAUCAAUAGACAUUAGAAAUACGCGCACUUUGCUAGAUCUGUUCUGGAAAGCCCCCUAACGGGGGUCAGCCGUUUGGCAGAAGACAGUAAGACCGAA